AGAAUAAAUUAGCAUGACAAGUUAAAUGGGUCAAAAUCAGUGUAGCGUCCAGUGUUAUUUGUGCCAGCCAGUAAAAGUGAACAUUUCUGCUAUGUUUUAAAGGCAACUGAUAUCUGGAAUUUUUAAAGUGUCAUGAAAAAGGUCAUUUAACUACGAAGAAUUAUAGAAGUCCCGCGAUAAAUCACUCCAGAUCAUACACCUCCGGCUCUAAAUACGAGUAGAUUAACAUACGGACCGGAUCAACCAUGUUCAAAAAGUAUGGUCGAGUUUUUCUAUUAGUAUCCAUUGUACUGUUAGUCCAUUUGACGGAGGAGUUCAGUCAUUUUAAUCCUCAUAGGCGCCCGAAACUGAUGGGAGAUCAUCUGCCUCUUCGGGCUAUCACUCCCGAGCGACAGAGAGUAAGAAACAAAAUUGUGAUGUAUCACAAUUACUUUAGGUCAAGGGUUGAACCGAAAGCGAGCAACAUGCUGAAAAUGAAAUGGCAUAGAGGUGCAGCAAGAGACGCCCAAAGAUGGGCUAACAAGUGCGAGUUUCUUGUUCACGAUAGCGUAGAAGGUCGGCACGUCAGCGGCUAUGGUUCUUGUGGGCAAAAUAUCUUCAUCGCCAGCACCAAAGUUCCUUGGCUCUUUGCAAUCGAAACCUGGUGGCUUGAAAAGGAUGCCUUCAAAUUUGGGGGCAAAAAUAACAUGACGCUUGUAGGACACUAUACACAGAUGGUAUGGGCUACAACACAUGAAGUAGGAUGUGGCCUUUCAAAAUGCUAUAGAAUAUUGUACGACAAAAAUGGGAAAGAAAUUGACGGAAGAACACGAGUUUUUUACAAUUAUAUUUGCAACUACUGUCCGAUUGGUAAUCGUCCCGGUCGAACGUCGUUCCCUUACAAGUUGGGCAAUCCAUGCAGUUCCUGCAAAAAGCAAUGCAGCAAGAAGCUUUGCCUUAAUUCCUGUGAUGUGUCAAAUGUGUGGGGCAACUGCAGGGAGCUCAACAGGAUUCAUCCCACCUGGUUGUGCAGAAACCACACACCGCAAGGCAAGCAUCGACAUCGCAAUUGUAGAGCAACAUGCACUUGUGGAAAUAGAAUAUAUGACUUUUAAUAUACGCCGGUUUUCGCCCA